AUGAGGGUGCAGCCCCUGCUCUUCGUGCUGCGUGCUUCGCUGUGCCAGCUGGCUCUUUCAGGGCCACUAGACCACUUUGGCGCACCUGGGCGUGCCUGGCCGUUGCUUCCUUGCAGGACGUAUGCCUCUCACUUGCCAGCACAUAUGGGUCAGGCUGGUUUGCUGGGUUCCUUGCGCACUCGAGUCCAGAUCUGGAACGAUACGAACAGCACCUGUGCUGGUGCCAUCGCGCGGCUGCCCGUCUGCUCUGUGGCAGAAGAACAUGUGACCACAAUCGCGUUAUUGGAAGACAUGACCCUCGCCGUCGCAACUUACACGCCUGCAAUAGGCUCAUAUGAAGCCACCGGCUAUGUUUACAUUUUUUCAGCGACCACGCUCGGUAUGGCGAGUGGCUAUGAUGUCCUGCUGCAGACAGAAGCAGAGGUUUUGUCCAUACUUCGCUUGCCCAUGGGUGCCACUCUUCUCGGCGGGACUAUCUUUCACCAGAAUAGACCAUCCAGUGGCAUAAUUGAAGUCUUCUCGCCGGAAGAGUUCCAAAAAGGCGGUCGUACAAGGCAUGCGAUUAGGACAAGUCCGUCCAUCGCUCGUCUUGCUUUGGUUGAUGCAGAUAUACUGGCGGCAUCGGCGUCGCUCCAAGGCACGAUCCUCUUCUACGAAAUCGCUCAAAUAGUUUCUCGUGGGUCAGAUGAGUCAGUAGGGCCAACGCCUGCAAAGCCUGCAACACCCAUCGCGCAACUGGACCUGGACUUUGCAAUCCAAGAAUUCGUCACUGUGGAUGGCCGCUUGGUGGUUGCAACAGAACCAGAACUUCAGAUCUUUUUGCUCAGUGACGUGCUGGAGCAAAAGUCGGAAGAGCCGCUGAAGCUGAAGGUGCGGGACAAGGGGUACGUCUCGCUCGUCGCUCUGCCUGGUGGCCUUGGCUUUGCAGCUGGCCGCAUGGACGCGAGAAUAGAGGUAUUCCGGAUGAACGAAGUUGUCAGAGGAGGAACUACGCCGCGCAAGGAGCUCUCAACAAACGGCUUGCCUUACCCAGUUCUGGUCCUAGCGGACAAGGGGCUGGCAGCCGUCACAUCUUCCAACACUGUCGACAUAUUCGAUGCGAAGGUUCUGGAAAAUCUGGCUUACGUGGUUCGGCCUGUGCGAACACUCCCGCUGGAUACGCCUGGGGUAAGCAUUGCAAACUUGCCUGGCAGAGGCCUUGUCGUGGCAUCAAUGAGACAUGUGUCCAUCUUCAGUGGUGAAGGCACUUCCUCAGCAAAAAAGGCAGCGGAGGACUUGUUCGUGGACCGAACCAUAAGCUUUUUCAAGGAAGUCGAGAGCGACAUAAUCCUCGUCGGAGAGUUUAACGGUCCGGUGGUCGUUUUCUCCGCAUCUGGCAUUGUGCCGCAGUACUCAUCCGGCUCUUGGUUUCAUCGUGCACACCUGUUUUUCACUGCACGUCGGCAAGUUGCGACCGCAUCAUCAGCUGAAGUGCUUCCGGGCGGAUUGCUGGCCAUCGGCUGCUGGCCACGCGAUAUCUAUAUUUUCAAUCUGUCGAGCUUUCGGCGACAGCUGUCGCCGCCAUUCGUGGAGCCCGUGGACAUUCUGGCAACCAAAGGUCACGUUGCGGCCAUGGCCUCAUCAAGAAAGUUUCUUUGGGCCGCAUCGGAUACAAGUUUAGUGGUCAUCGACCUGACGGCAGAUGUGGAUUUCGAGACGAUCGCAAUGCCAGGUGUGGUUUUAUCUCUGGCAACUCUUUCGGAAGUGGAGGUGGUGGCUGGCCUUAGCAUUGCAUUGGCAGUCGCCGUGUUGACUCGUUCCCGUGCCCAUGCUGGUCGGAUGCCUCACUCCGUCUCCUGGGCUCUCAUUGACGUUGCUGGUCCGGUCCAUGCUCUGCUUGUGGUGGACGGCCUCCUGCUGGCGGCAACUGAAUUGAGCACUUUGCACAUCUUCUCAGUCGACGGUGCCCGCUUCCGCGAGCUCGCGGUGCUAAGAGUGCGAGUUUUGCAGCCCCAAGUGCCUUCAACCAGCUUGGCGGUGGUCGAUGAUCGAACUCUCCUGGCCGGACAAGACCUCUUCCGAGCAGACGACGCGCGGUCCCUGUGCAGCCCAGGCUUCUUCUCCACCAGCGGCCAGUACCUAUGUCAGCCGUGCCCGGAUGGCUGGACUUCGGACCUGGGGUCGGGAAGUUGUGUCUAUGCCGAGCUCUCAAUCUUUGUGAUGACCUUGAUUCCCGUUUCCGUGACUUUGAUUCUUACUGGUGCCAUCCUGUCUCCAUUGACUGGGCAGCUUUACGUCUGCAUGUCUCGGCGCGCCACCGAUGGCGACGCCUCGGCGUCACCGAGAUCCAGGGGAACUACGCUGCAGUCGACGCUGCUGUGGACCUCUGCGUCCGAGGGAAUCCGGCGAGCUUCACGCCACCUGAUAGUGAGGGACGACCGAAUACGCCGAUGGCUUUGGUCCUACGUGGCCACUGCGCACGUACCCUUGGUUGCGGGGCUUGCCUCGGCCACGCAGCAAGGUUGGCUGAUGGCCGGAGGGGUCCUGCUGGCAGUGUUGUUCAUCCUGCGAGAACGAGAAGUCUUGUACACGGACCUUUCUGGUGAGUUGACGGCCCGACACUGGGCUUGCCUCAGCCUCCGCUUUCUGGCCAUGGCGAAUAUCAUCGCGGGCUUCUCCUGCUUAUUCUUUCGUCCGGAAGUGAUGCUUGCCCAUGCCAUCCCUCUGGCCAGCGUGGCUGUAAUGAGCAGUAAUUGUGCUCUUGCUGACCAGAUACACACGUUCCUCCGGACGAUGUAUGUGGCAAGUGCCGGAGAGCUGUCCGCGGCACCAACUGCCAACACUGCCGGUGUGCGCGUACUCAACAUGGGUGCAUCUUGCAUUCAUCUGUCUGCUGCCGGGGUGGCUAGCUUGACCCUGGCACAGCAUGGAGGACAUCAGGUCAUGACCCUGUUCGGACGGUCUGAUACUUCCGCAGGAUCUCUGCCGGUGUCUGGGUUGGUUUUCGCUUGCUCGGCAUCGUUUGCAGGAGUUGCGCUUGCAGCACGUGCAUGCGACCAGACUGAGAUGAUGGCCUCGAAUGCCACUACCUGGGCAAGUGAUGAAUGCGUCAUUCCGUCUCGUAUCCCUGCAUGCUGCUGUUGUCGGCAGCUGCUCUUGAGACUGUCGGUUGCUGUGAAGACUUGGGUUCACAAGCACUGGCUCCUGUGUGCGAGUUCGCUCUAUGACACUUACACGUUCUAUGGCCGGCUGAGGGAAUCACAAUUAACAUCGCAGCGUCCGUACUUUGCUGCCAUCUUGCUGAUUGCCGCAGUGACCUCUGCUGUCAAUCUCGCCGCCCUCCUCUUCGACAGGUGCCGCGUAAAGCUGCCGGAGCUAGGGGACCGCAAUUUACGCCUCAGCACGCUCUCUAAGUGUUUGCUGGUGUUCAUGAAGCUGCGGGUUCUGCAACUGCCCGUGAUCGUCACGACCCAGAUGGAUACCUCCUGGCUUGACGGAUCCUUGUCGGAGCUUCCAUCAUCUGUGAUCCCUGUUUGGAUUUGUGCCGAGCCUCUCUCAUGCCCCUUGUGGUGCACAUCUCAUCUUGGGGGCAACUGCUCUUACGACAUCCCUCCCGUCUACAAAGGCUGUUUCUGCAGGCAUCGAGUAGCUGGGAUCCCUGACUGGAGGGGCAGACUGAAGGUGCUCGGAAACUGCGCGAUCUCAAUUGUGGUCAUGACGCUUCUGUCUGCGUCCAAGAUGCGUGGAAGGGGCAUCUUCGACUUUCCCGAGUUCUCGUCCAGGGCGGUGGCCUGUGUCACAAUCCUUCCUUCCUUUUUCUUUGCGGUGAACGCAAUGUACCUGUCCUUCCCCGACCUGGCCCAGCAGCACCUGGACUCUGCGCAGGAUUUUGCGAUCCUGAGUGUCCCAACGCUCAUCUACGCUUUCAUGGCCAAUGAGAUGGCCAGGCACGUGGAGACGGCCAGCAAGCGACGAUGCCUGAAGGCGGGUAGUGUGCUGGAAUUGGCGGGUCGGAGAGUCGUUUCGGCACAGCCAAACUUGGAGCACGUGGUUGGCACAAGCCUGCUGGGUGCUGAAGACUCACUGGGCCCGGUCCAACUCUCGAGCCACCUUCAGCUGGAGAGGCCCACCUACGUUUGGUGUCAGCCACCGCCACGGCAUGCAUCAGUCUAUUCUCCCUCUGGGUUCCGUGCGCUGGCUCCCUGGGCCCACUUCGCGACCUUGCUGGCAAUCUACUUGGCGCGGCGCAGCCUGAGACAUGCGAUAAUCUUCGUCAACGCAGCAUUGCUCAUCGCCAUGGGUUUGAGCAGUGGUUGGCUUUGUUUGACCUUGAAGCAAGGCCUCCCUUCUCCAUCGACACCUGCUGAAAGGGACACUUGCCGACUGGACCAAGACAUGCCCGACAGAGCAACCCUCGAGCUUCAGGACGCAGCAAGUUGGCUUGAGACUCCCGCUCGCAGUGAGCAAAGUGAGCAUUGUGAUGGAGAUCAAGGAUGCGGCAUGAACCAAGAUACGAGCCCGUAG